AAACCGCGUGUAAUGUGUAUCACGACUUCGGAGAGUGCGGAUUGGAUGCGUUCGUAUGUACGUGCACAACAUAAAUAAAUCGAGUAAAACAUCACAAAGAACAUUGUCCUUCGCGUGGAUUUAAAAGUAACCGUAAACCGCGUGUAUCAUAUAUCUCGGAGAGUCUGCGGAUUGUAAUGUUCGUAGAAUUCAUCAAACCAAGGAACGAAGCAAGCGACCGUGAGAAACCAUAAACACCGGUAGAUCUCCUCAACGGCCGGCGGGGCAGGCUUGAGAUCAGGAUGUGCGAUUUGAUAGACCUGAACAGUCCGGAUGUGAGGGGAGCGCUGGAACCGGCGAGGUUGGCGUCGCCGUUGAUCCCAGCGCCGAAGAGUAUCGAGUGCAACAAUGGAACGGGCUUGGGGUCGAUGACGGAGAAACGUGAGGGUGAUGGCAACAAUCCAUUCGAUCGAGUGUUGCACGAAACCGUCGAGUACGUCAGCAAGAAGGGUGAUCCCUUCGAAGUGAUGUUACAACGAGCCUUGAGAUCUAAGAGUUUGAGGAACGCACAAUCCGUGGACUUUACAGACGACUUUACACCGAGGAAAAAGAGAUAUUUCAAAACGAUGAACAAGACGUUGGGUAUGCUCGACGAGUCGUUGUUCAAAAGCAGGUUUGGCUUGUUCACUGGAGACAAGAAGGAAGCAAAAAUCAAGACGAGAAGCGUUGGUAUCGGUGCGAGAAACGCUGACGUUUGUGACAGCGAUGCAGCAGAUAGUGUGUCUCUCUCUAAGCAGGAACAUAAGAUAUCUGUUGUUGCUUCAGACUCACUCGAGUUGUCUAUCUUAAACCAGUCUGCGAUGAACGACACGCUGCUGGAAGGAUUUCCUAAGUCCAAGGAGACUGACAAGGUGUCACCUUUUCUAGAGAAAGAUAUGGCAUUCGAAGAAUCUGUCUUCCCUUCAAACGUCAAACAUUUAAAACUGUUAGAUACUCAGCGUUCGUUAUCACAGGGAUCAGGAAAAUCACCAACAGGAUUACUGUAUAAGAAUAGAAGAUCACAAUCCGUAAUAGAGGACCAGAGGAAAGUCUUGCAGAGUGACAACAGCACUAUGUCAUCCUUCCUGGACAGAGGCUUCGUGGAGAGUAGAAGCGAGCAAUCUGUGUCAUCCAGUUUAUCAAAUAUCUCGUCUAUAACAAAAUUGACUUCUGCUUCACUAUCAUCGUCAAUACUAUCGAAUGAUCCUAUGAAUCACGCUUUCUUGGAUAACAGCUCGUUGAAAAUGGGUCAGGAUAAGAUGAGUACAACUGAAAGUUCUAUGGAAAUGAAGCUGAAGCAGUACGAUUUAUCGGACUUGACGGACAGAUUUAACAAAUUGAAAUGCAUUAUGAAUAAUACAACCAAUAUCUCGAGUAUAACGGAGGAAGACUCGAAUUCCAUGAAAGAGGAAAAUAUCAAACGAACCGCGAAUAAUAAAUUAAUAGAUGUCGAUGUAUUUGUUCCAGAACAAAAUAAAGAAUUUAACAGAAGCUCAUCUUCUACUUGUUCUUCGGACUCUGUAUUCACUAAUACAAGUAAAGUCGAUAAGUCGAUUCUGAAAGAAGCCAAGGUACUUGCAAAGACUUUUGAGGAAUUGACAUCGAAAACUGAUUCUGGAUCUAAUAUAGAAGAUGAUUUUAUUUCCAAUAAUACUCUAUGGAUGUCAGAGUUACUACCAGCAUUUGAGGAUGAACUUGUGGUAAAUGAUUUAAUUGAUUUACCUGUGUCGCCGAAAGGAAAUUCAAAAGACAUUAAAAACAGUGAUACAAAGCAAUCUCCUGCAAGUAUCGAUAGCACGGAAGAGAAUAUAUUUAAAGAAAUGGAAUCACCAUUUACCGAUAGUUUUGUUGUAAAACAAAACAUAACUUUGUUAUUGUCGGAUCUUAGAAAAUUAGUUAAAGAAAGUAAUCCGAAAGCUAAAACAUUACUCGACGAUCUUGAAAAUAUUUUAGAUAUUAAUUAUAAAAAUAAUACAGAAUUAUUAGUAACUUGUUUCAAUACGUCAAAUAAAUCACAAAGUUCUCUGAAAAUAUCUUCGGAAAGCAUCGAAAGAUUCGAUAAAUCAAGUACAGGUAAAAGCGAAGAAAAAGAAGAUGACAAAAUAUUAUCCUCAGAAAAGCUUUGUAGUGAUGAAAAAUCGCUGCCAGACAUAAAUAAAUUGAAAGAUACAUCACAAGAUAUUGCCAGCAUUGAGAAAUCAUCAAAUAUGUCUUUAUCCUGUAAAGAUAAUAGCGAAGAUUGUAUGAAUACAUAUAACUUAUCAGAACACAGUAAACAUAAGGAAAAAGAAAAUCAAGUGGAUAAAAAGGUAGCGAUAGAAUUGUUGGUAAAUCUUAAAAAAUUAUUGAGUGGUCAGGCUGAAGAUGCUAUGACAGUAAAGUUAAUUAAAAAUAUAGGAAGAGCGUUAAAUACCGCAUUAAAUAGCUCUGAAAAUAAAAUGCAAGCGAAUUGCACUGAAAAACAGAAUAUUCAACAGACUACGCCUGUACGAAAUCUUUCGGAAUUUGGUCGUAAUGUGUAUUCGUCCGCACUUUCGACAAAAGUAGUGCAUAGACGAAGCUUGGAGUCAAAACCUAAAAAGAUAGACAGAAAAAGUAUAUCCGCAACUGAGUCGUUGCCCAAGAACACGCAAAUAAACAGACGUAAGAAUACAUCUGAAUCUGAGAACCGUCAGAAACGUUUUUCAAGUGAUCCUGGAUUUAUUAACAAUUUAUCAAAUAAAAAACUUAUACCAGAAGCGUACAAUUCAAGAAAGGCGGAAGUUGCAAAGUCUGAUAGCGGAAAAGAGAAAUCCAUUGCUAUAAGUGACGUUAAAAAUAAACUGAAAAAGAGAUCAGACGUAGUUAAUAAAAGAGGUCCUAUGAAAGCAGUGCAUCCUGUAGAUAAUAUACAGAAAAGAAGAGCAUCAGUUGGGAGACAGGCGCCAUCUUCUCAAAUCACUACGCCACCAAAAUCCGACAAAGCUAUUCCAUCGGGUAAUAAAAUAAUCAGCAGCACCCCAAAUUCGACGGAUAAUUAUUACAUGCCCAAGAAACCCUCAAAAUCAAAACCGAUAGCCUCGUCAACACCAGAUGGCCAAAAUAGCAAAAGUGCACCGUUGAUAUCCGCUAAUAAAAAGCGUAACCUUUCUUGCGAUAUCUCGCCGGUGACUACGCAUGUAAAUAUGUUGAGCAGCGAUGAACGGAAGGACAGUCCUAAAAGAAUGUCUAAGCUGCCAACGCCGAAGAAAUGUACAACACCUACGCGUCAGCGAACGAACGGUAUUCCGAGGUUCCUGACGCCACCGAGGCAUUAUUCGCUCAAUACGAAUAAUCCGCAGUCGCCGAAGCGCUUGAACAAGAGCUUAAUCAGUUUUCAGCGGUAUUCCCCUGCGAGUGAGAAGAACGGAAAGACAAGGCAGCAGAGUCCGCUGAAGGAAACUAAUAGAAUUACACCGAAAGUUAAACCAUUUAACUUGGUUUCCAAAAUUAAGCGACAUAGUAUCAGCGAUUUUGCCGAGAAGGAGAAUAAUUAUGUGCGAGAUUGAAGCGAAAAAAGGAGUAAAUCGAAACGACCGCGCCGUUGUGAUAUUGAUAGUGUAUCGGAGAUUGCUUCGUUGAAAAAAUUGUCGUAAGACAUACGGUUUUUGUUUUAUACUUUUGUGAUAAUAUUUAUAUGUUUUAUAAUAAAA